AUGCCGUCCCUGGAGUCUCUAACGUCCACCUUUCCUUUGACUUUCCCAGUUCCGAAGCCAACAACACACCCGGACCUCAUCCCCACGAAGGACAUCGUCCGAGAGGAAGACAUCCUCCGGAACCCGUCCUCUUUCAGACACUGGUGGGCGGCGAUACAAAACACGAAAGAAGCGUCCUCCGCGCUCCAAAAGGCCGAGGGUCCCAUCGACUUGGAGCCCGUGGUGGCUGUUCUGCUUGGACCGCUCGCAUCGCCCACCGCGCGCCAGUCGCUCCAGCGUCUGACCUACCUGUACGAAGCCGCGCUCAUCCAGUUCCCCGGCUCGUUCAAGCUAUGGAAAUCAUAUCUCCAAACCCGCAUGUCGUUCGUCCUGGGCAAGCUCGUGGUCAAGAAGCGGGCUGGAGGCCGGAAGAAAUUCCCGGAGAUGAGAGAGGCGCUCGAAGACGCAAGAGAGGAUAUGGAGCAGUGGGAGGGAGGCUUGGACGGUAUCGUUGGCUGGGAGGAGUGGAAGGCCCUAAUCGCAACAUUCGAACGCGCUCUUAUGUGGUUGCCAAAACUGCCUCGCCUAUGGCUUCUAUACCUCUCGAUAUUCAACCACCCCUUCUGUCCCCCGAUCGUCUCAAACACCCAUGCACGCCGCACGUACGACCGCGCGCUCCGCACCCUCCCCCCUUCCCUCCAUUCACGCAUCUGGGCCCGCUACCUCCUCUGGGCCGAAGACAAAGGCGGCGCGACGACCGUCGCCAUCUACCGCCGUUACCUCGCUGUCGACCCGAGCAUCACCGAGCGCUACACGGCGCUCCUGCUCUCCGAGAACAGCGUGGACCCGCGCCCGCUCGAGGCCGCGAAACUGCUGCUCUCCCUGGCGCGCAAGGCCGCGCGGGGCGAGUACACGAGCCCCGAGGGCAAGAGCCCAUACCAGCUCCUGGGGGAGUGGCUCGACGUGGUGGAGCAGCACGCGGAGGACGUGGGCAUGGACGUGGACGAUACCGUCAAGUCCCAUGCAAGCGACGCGACAGCGGAGGAGGAGCGUGCGGCUGCGACGGAGCAGCCUGCGGAGCCCGUAUCAGUCGACGGCCAGCUCAUACGCUUUGCCGGACUGGCCCUCGCCGUCUCUGCAGAUGGCAAGAAGGUGCUCCCGCCCUACGACGAAGACGAGGAUCCCACGAAUUUGCGCAAGCUCAACGUCGAGCGCAUUGUCCAGAAGGACGGCCUGGACGUGUACAAAGACCAGGCGGGGAGGCUGUGGACCGGUCUUGCGACGUAUUGGAUCAAACGGGGAGAGUUCGACCGCGCAAAGAUGACGUUCGAGAAUGGCAUCUCGUCCGUGCUUACCAUCAAGGACUUCACGCAGAUAUUCGACGCGUACGCCGAGUUCUCUGAGAGUCUGAUCAGCGCUAUGAUGGAGAGCUUGGCCAACCCAGACGAAGACGAGGACGAGGAGGACGUCAAGGAGACGGAAGCGGAGUUGGACGCCAGGAUGAAGGAGUUCGAGGAGCUCAUGGACCGAAGACCGUUCUUAGUCAACGACGUGCUACUCAGGAGAAACCCAAACGAUGUGCAAGAGUGGGAGAAACGCGCCGCGUUGUGGGGCGAAGACGACGAGAAGGUGGCGGAGACAUAUACGAAGGCACUCUCGACCGUCGGCCCCCGCAAAGCUACCGCCAAUUUCCACCGGCUAUUCAUCAAUUUUGCCAAGUUCUACGAGGAGGGUGGAACUACGGGUGAAGCGGAGUAUGACCUGGACAGCGCCCGCAAGGUCCUUGAGAAGGCCACGAAGGUGAACUUCAAGAACGUAGAUGAUCUGGCGGAGAUAUGGUGCGAGUGGGCGGAGAUGGAGGUCCGCCACGAAAACUAUGACGAAGCGAUAAGGGUCAUGCAGCGCGCGGCCGUCAUACCCAAGAACGUCAAAAUCAGUUAUCACGACCACUCAUUACCAGUCCAAGCUCGUCUCUUCAAGUCGCUGAAGCUGUGGUCAUUCUACGUCGACCUUGAAGAGUCCUUGGGCACAGUCGAAUCGACAAAAGCCGUGUAUGACAAGAUCCUUGAACUGCGCAUAGCGAACGCGCAGGUCGUCGUCAACUACGCCGCUUUCCUGGAGGAGAACCAAUACUACGAGGAAAGCUUCAAGGUGUACGAGCGCGGCACGGAACUGUUCACCUUCCCAGUCUCCUUCGAGAUCUGGAACAUCUACCUGGCGAAGUUCAUCAAGCGAUAUGGUGGCACAAAAGUGGAGCGGUCGCGAGACCUGUUCGAGCAAGCCUUGGACAAAUGUCCUCCCAAAUCAUGCAAACCUAUAUUCUUGUUGUACGCUCAGUUCGAAGAAGACCACGGACUGGCCAAACGGGCGAUGUCCACCUACGACCGCGCGACUCAAGUCGUCGUCGACGAGGACAAGUUUGAGCUCUUCACGAUCUACAUUGCGAAGGCUACGGCGAACUACGGCCUGCCCGCGACACGGCCAAUCUACGAGCGCGCGCUCGAGAUCCUGCCGGACAAGCAGACGGCGGAGAUGUGCCUGCGCUUCGCUGCGAUGGAGCGCAAGCUGGGCGAGAUCGACCGCGCGCGCGCGAUCUACGCGCACGCAUCGCAGUUCUGCGACCCGCGCGUGCUGCCCAAGUUCUGGACGGAGUGGAACAGCUUCGAGAUCGAGACGGGGUCCGAGGACACGUUCCGCGAGAUGCUGCGCAUCAAGCGCAGCGUGCAGGCGCAGUUCAACACGGAGGCGUCGUAUAUCGCUGCGCAGAUGGCGGUCAAGGAGGGCACGGGGAAGGUGCUGGACGGCGGUGCGGCGGCACCUGCGGAUGCGAUGGCUGCUGCAGAGCGGCAAGCGGGUGGAGCCAAGGGCCCCGCGUUCGUCUCAGCGAGCACUAACGUGCGACGGCAGGAGGAGGCGGAGACAGAGGAGCAGCCUGCGGAGGCACAGGCAAACGACGAGGAGAUCCACAUCUCGGACGAGGAAGACUUGUAG